CUGUUUUUUGUGCUUUGUCGCGAGGGCGUGUUGUUUGAAACGCGGGAAUUGGCGUUAUUGAUGUUAAGUUGUGAUAUGACUUUCGGUUGCCUGUUUUUUUACGUAUUAAAUAAACGAUUUUAAUGUUUCUGAUCGUCGUUGUGCAACUAAAAGUGCUCUCGCCAACACAUCUGUUGUUUUAAAUAGAUUUAGAGUGGAAGUUUCCCCGGAAAAGGGGGAGUUUGACAUGGAGUCCUUUCAGAAAGUGGAAAAGAUUGGAGAGGGGACAUAUGGGGUGGUUUAUAAAGCCAAGAAUAAAAUCACUGGAGAGACUGUCGCGCUGAAGAAAAUUCGAUUAGACACAGAAACUGAAGGUGUUCCCAGCACUGCCAUACGUGAGAUCUCUCUGCUAAAAGAGCUCAAUCACCCAAACAUAGUCAAAUUGCGUGAUGUGAUACACACAGAAAAUAAGCUUUACUUGGUGUUUGAAUUUCUUCACCAAGACCUGAAGAGGUUUAUGGACUCAUCCUCUGUUUCUGGCAUAUCUUUGCCACUCGUGAAGAGUUACCUGUUCCAGUUGCUCCAGGGAUUGGCCUUCUGUCACUCCCAUCGGGUUCUUCACAGGGAUCUCAAACCCCAGAAUCUCCUGAUCAAUGCUCAGGGCGAGAUCAAACUGGCUGACUUUGGUUUGGCCAGAGCAUUUGGUGUACCUGUACGGACUUAUACACAUGAGGUGGUAACUUUGUGGUACAGAGCUCCAGAGAUUCUCCUGGGAUGUAAAUAUUAUUCUACAGCUGUUGACAUCUGGAGUUUGGGCUGCAUCUUUGCUGAAAUGAUUACUCGGAGGGCAUUGUUUCCUGGAGACUCUGAAAUAGACCAGCUCUUCCGAAUAUUUCGAACACUGGGCACUCCGGAUGAAUCUAUAUGGCCUGGAGUCACCUCAAUGCCAGACUACAAACCCUCCUUUCCCAAGUGGGCACGACAGGACCUGUCUAAAGUGGUGCCUCCUCUGGAUGAUGAUGGCCGAGACCUCCUUGCGCAAAUGAUGAUCUAUGAUCCUAACAAGAGGAUCUCAGCAAAAAACGCCCUUGUUCAUCGGUUCUUCCGUGACGUCACCAUGCCAGUGCCUCCCUUACGCCUGUAAGGGCACCAGUACUUCAGCACCAAUGGACUGAAUGCUGGGUCACUUUUUCUGAGAACUAUUUCCCAGCUGUUCGAAAAUUCAGUUUUAUAAUCUGAUCAGUUGUACCUUUUCUCAAUGUCUUUCUGGUUUAUUUUAAUCUGAAGUUUAUCCACUGCACCUUUGCAUUUCACUGGAAAACGUUUGUGCUAAUAGUAACAAUUUCAUUAAAAUUACCUGGAAGAUUUUUCAUAGGCGAGAUGUGGUGUUUCCUCAUCCUCGUAGUUUGGAGAUGACAUUCCAGUGCCAGUGGCCAAUAUAACGUGUGAAAUUGUAUUAUUCAUGAAUGCAAUAUGUACAUAUCACAUUGAAUGCUCUGUACCAGCCUUUUUUAAAGAUUAUAUUCUUCUAUUAAUUAUUUUAAAACUGAUUUCUUUUGAUAGUUUCAUAAAACAUAUGUCUCUGCAACUUCAAUUAAACUCAUGUUACAUCUUA